GAUAACGGUGUGAGUAAAGCCUACAUUUACUGGUUAGGUACAGUAAAGUAUCUUGAGUACCUCCUGGCCUGCUGGCCUACCUCACAUAUCGGUCAACUCCACCGUAAUUGCGCUGUGGAUCCCCGACUGAUCGUCUUUGAGCCAGCCAGGCCAGGCUUGCCUCACAACACCACAUAA